AUGCCUGUGAGUAAUAGCUUCCCGUCCUCUGAGAUUCCCGAUGAGGGAGACCAACGAAACGACCGAUUUAACCCGGAAGCUCAACAGGAUCUACAAGAAGAGAAGGGUGAUGUGAAUAUAGUCGAAGAAGAAGUGAAACGCGACGAAGCAGAGGAGGAAGAAGAAGUGAAACCCAACGAAGCGGAGGAAGAAGAAGAUAAGGAAGAUGAUGAUGGUGAUGACGACGAUGCUGAGAAAUUUAUGGAAAUUGAUCUUGGAGAAAUCCGGAAAGACGUGCAGUGUCCAAUAUGCCUAGGAAUCAUAAGGAAGACAAGGACUGUGAUGGAAUGCCUUCACCGCUUCUGCCAGGAAUGUAUUGAUAAGUCUAUGAGAUUGGGGAACAAUGAAUGUCCUGCUUGCAGGAAACAUUGUGCAAGCCGGCGUUCUCUAAGAGACGACCCAAAAUUUGAUUCUCUUAUUGCAGCUUUAUUCACAAAUAUUGAUAGUUAUGAGGAAGCGGAACUGGCUUUUCACGAAGAUGAAAAGGCUCGUAAUAAGCAGGAACUGGCUUUUCACGAAGAUGAAAAGGCUCGUAAUAAGCAGAUUCAAGCAUCUAUAGCUCAAAUAUCGCAACGACAGUCAGAGGCUCUUGUGAAAAGACGAUCUUUAGGUAAAGAGGCAGCAGUCUUGGUGAGAUCACCGCGUAUUGCUAGUGGCUCCAGAAGGAGAAGGAACUGCAGAAACAUGGAACAACAAAACGUAUCAGAAGCCCCUGAUGAUGAUAAUAAUGAUGAUAUUAACAACAACGGAGGAGGCAAAGAUUCGUCUUCAGAUGAGCGUGGUACAGAAGUCCGACAGAAGAAACGUAGAAAACGGUCUACAAGUCGUUCAACACAACACCCUUCCUCUUCAGGUGCAAACAAUAACAAUGGUAACUGCGCAGAUAAUGACACUGAAGUUUAUAAAGAUAGUAAAGGAUUAUCUCCAGGGCUUGUGUGGAAUCCAGAGAUACUGGCUUGGGGAAGAGGUGGUACAAGGAGUAACACAAGGCAUGGGAAUAAUAUAUCAGGAGGCAGUAGUAAGAUUGCGAGGAAUGCUCGCAUUCAAGCAUCUAUAGCUCAAAUAUCGCAACGACAGUCAGAGGCUCUUGUGAAAAGACGAUCUUUAGGUAAAGAGGCAGCAGUCUUGGNCUUAUGA